AUGAUGCAGACCAAGUCAAAGGCUAGUAGCAAGUGCGAUGGGAAAGCUGCCGCGAAGGAAGCCCGUUCGCAAGCGAUGGACCAGCAGUCAAGAGACGCACUGGAUCUGACGCCGCCGCCGUAUGCCGUCGACGAGCUUACCGCGAGUUUACGAGAGAAGGAUACAAUCAAUCUCAAGGAGGUUGCCGAGCACACGAGCGAGACAUCGGCGUGGAUCAUCGUCGAAAAUGGCGUUUAUGAUGUCACCAAGUUCUUGCAAUCACACCCAGGUGGCACAAAGAUCUUGUUAAAGGCACGCGCAAAUAAAGGCACGGAUGCGACCGAGGCGUUCUGGAAGUACCACUCCAAACGCGUACUCGAGAAGACUGCAGCAAAGAUGAAGAUCGGCGAAGUCGGUGGCGAGGCUAAGCUAUAG